AUGAACACAACGUACUCUAUCGAGCUUGUCGAUACUAUCACUACACCUCCAGCAAAGAGACAUCGACCCAUUACGAUGGCUGUAGACAUUGAACCUACGAACGGCACUAGUGCUGCUGUCAGUGGUGUCAAGGCUCAGUCACCCGAAGCGAAUAAGGGCUAUUCAAGUCGAGUGGUGCUCACAACCUACCCUGGACAAAGCGUCGUCAAUCCCAUACCUCUAAACUGGGGUGAAGCGGAUCCGGACAAUCGAGGUCCGGUGUUGGUCUCACGUAACGGCAAGACGUUGUCACGACGGAAUGCCAUAGGUGCGCACGGUGGCAGUUACUGCGUGUAUACGGCCCUUACUAUUGCUGCUGGAGGACUUCCUCCCGGAUUCAAGCCUAGUUUCGAGAACACGGAGCCGACAUUUGACUUCCCACAGCAGGCAGCAUGGUCUGACACCUCCAAGAUCGUGGCGAUGGAUCCGUUUGGCCAUGACAUCGUACGUCACUUCCAACGCCACCUUAACGAUGGUCUCGACGUCAGGCCCACUAUAGCCGUAACGCGGGCCAACAUGCGAGUUGCCGAGAUCUCGGAAUGGAUCCGGGAAGGCCAAAUACCUGUGGACGGAAACAUUGUGAUCAGCGAUGCUGGUGAUGUUCGCGUUACCAAAGUUGCGGUAGAGCCUGUUUGGUAUCUCCCUGGCGUUGCUGCUCGAUUCGGCGUGGACGAAGGCACUCUGCGGCGUGCACUCUUUGAGCAUAUGGGUGGCAGUUAUCCUGAGCUCGUAACGAGGCCCGAUAUCAAGGUCUUCCUGCCGCCCAUCGGUGGGCUGACAGUUUACAUCUUUGGCCCUCCCGAGCGUGUAUCGGAUCCGUCAGUCAAACUCGCGCUACGUAUUCACGACGAGUGUAAUGGUUCCGACGUCUUUCAGUCAGAUAUCUGCACGUGUCGGCCAUACCUGGCCUUCGGCAUUGCGGAAGCCAUCAAAGAGGCGCAGGCCGGAGGUUCGGGCGUGGUCAUAUACUUCCGCAAGGAAGGUCGCGCGUUAGGUGAGGUUGUCAAGUACCUUGUCUACAACGCCCGCAAACGUGGCGGAGACACCGCCGACAGAUACUUCGCUCGUACGGAGGGGGUCGCUGGUGUGCGAGAUAUGCGCUUCCAAGAACUCAUGCCGGAUAUUCUCCACUGGCUUGGAAUCAGCAAGAUAGAUCGGAUGCUUUCGAUGUCUAAUAUGAAGCACGAUGCGAUAGUCGCACAGGGUAUUCCGAUAUUAGAGAGGGUACCCAUCCCGGAUGAACUCAUUCCGGCUGAUUCUCAUGUUGAAAUUGACGCGAAGAUUAAUGCUGGCUAUUUUACAACCUCAAAGAAGUACACAGAGGAAGAUCUAAAGCAAGUAAAAGGUCGUGGGUGGCAAGGCUGGGAAGACCUCGAGCAUUGA